AUGACUCGCGCCCCGCGACUCGAGGUGUCCAUACCCAUGCUUAUCCAGGACAGCGCAGGAGCCCCACGUCUGUGUGCACCGGCUGCAGAUCCUCGGACUUUGCGGCUGGCGCUGCGCGACGCGGGACGCUCAGAUCCUUGGUACGGCGGCGCGUCGAUCAUGUACACGGACGCGCGACGGCGAGCUGCGGUGCGCUUUGGCGGGUCUUUGCGUGUCGUGUGUCCUUGCGUGUCCUUGCGAGACUUUGCGAGACUCUGGUACAUUUGCCGUCUUUGCGAGACUUUGCCAAUCGCCGAAGCCUUGUACAUCUGCAUCUGCACGCACGCACGCACGCACGCACGGGCAGACGGGCGACCCGUUGCCUACGAGCGACUCGCGAAUCUGCCGCUAUCUUCCAGCUAUCGGCUAGGACCGUCCGCGACCCGCCUACGCUGGGAGACGGGCGGAGAGCUAGGACGCGGAGGCUCCGGAAUAUCGGAACGACGCGCUAUGGUAUGGUAUAGCGAGCGCGUCCACCGUCCAGCCCAGCCCGGCUUUGCCCUCGUCCGCCCUGAAAUCAGGACUCGGUCAAGUCAGGCCACUACCGCAAUGCGCGCUCGUGCGACGCGCUCGCCGUGCACGGAUGUCACGCAUGCAGGGACGGCGCGCCGUCGGAGUCUCGACCGCGGGGCGCUUCGGCGGGCGCGCGUCGAGCCCCGUGUAGACUCGAUGCGGGGCCGCUUCUGUUCGCUUGCGCCCGCCGCGUGCGUAUGCCUACACGCCUACACGCCUACACGCCUACACGCAUAUACGCCCACACAGACGCACAGACACACAGACACGCGCCCACACUCCAACACUCCAACACUCCACCGCAGGCCUUCGUUGGCGCGCGCAUUCGUCCCGCCCGCACUAGGCGCUGGGCACGCGGCUCCGGGCGCCGGAGGACGGCGCAAGCAGCCAUAUACGACAGCGCAUGCAUCGAACCCAAGCUCCUGUGCGGAUCCGGGCUUCGUUUCUUCAUCGCCGGCGGCGACCGCUGCGAUGCUGGAGCUCCAGACGGACAACCACUCGGGACGCGGGACGCAGCACCGCGUCGAGACCGCUUUCAAACCCUCGUGGAUGGUGACUUCAGCAUGGAUGCAGUACCCUGUCGUCCGCAGUCUCACCAGGGGCUACGCACUCUACAUCAUUGCCGUCAUACGCGUUGUUGGGCCGUCGGAUGUCGCAUGGGCUGUCGACGGCCUCUGCGUCGAGCGGUCCGAUCGAUCACAUGCAUGGUGGGUUAAGUUUCUGCUUCCUUCGGCCGCAGCUUCUCGUAGCGUCGAUGUCGAGAUGCGAUGCACUGGCCGCCACGGGGCGAGCGGGGAUCUGCAUCUGCACUCGGCCCGCGAGCCCAGUCCAUCCACCGACGAGGCACUUACUGCGUUACGUCCCUCCUCGCUCACCGCAUUCUCACCGCCACUCGGCAGAAGCGCGCGGGGAGCGCCUGCAGCACCCACGGCCUGUUGUCCGCAACCGAUGAUGCAGUGCGAUCGGACGAGCGGGAUUGGCUUCUUCCCCUUACCUCUUCCCCGUCCCCCCACAGCAGACCACAGCCUCCUCAUCCUGCAGCGCCCCGCGUCAGAUCAAUCGCGAGCACGAGAAGCCCGCGCGUGGGGAUCUAACUCAGGCCGGCCGCACGGAGCCCGCGCAGACCUCGACGCCCGCCCGCCCGCCCGCGUCGGACACUCAUCGACUAACCAUCGACCUCCGUCAUCUCUCCACACGAUCAACGCACGCGCGGACCCGUCGAACACGGUGCAAGGGACAAGCACUCCGGCGCCAGACGUGGGCGUGUGGUGCUCUGGCCGGCGAGCUUCACACAAGGGCACGCCAGGGCCAGGACUCGCGUUUCGGGUCCUCGGGCAGGAGAAAUGGGCACCCGCGCCCGCGCUGGUGCCUGUCUCCGUCGUAUCGCCGGGAAGCGGCUUCCGAUCCCUGACUCAUGGCCCGCCGACACGCCGAAACAGAGCUCGUGAAGAACCCGAGUCGAGAGGCUCCGAGUACCCCGGCGCGCGCGUCGGGAACCGCGUUAUAAUCAUUCGAUGGCGCGCGGGCCAGGUUCCGCGCAGCAGACAGGAUCGCCGGAGCUAUGGCUGGAUCGUGGGCAUCGUCGCGGAAUCAAUCGUGCCCAUGGCGCGCUUCGACGGAACGAGCAAUUGCGCGCGACGUGUGACCGCUCGGAGCUGGUGGCCGACUGGCAGGCUGGGUGCUGAUGCCCUCGCGGGCGCCUCCGCGGAGAAGCCUGCGUCCGAGGCGUCACUGUAG